GUAUGAUCAGGUACAACGUUUUAGUGUUCAAGUGUUCAAUUGAGUGAGAAAACAACGAGAGAAAAAAGGAGAAGCAGGAGAUCCAGUGGUUGCGAAACGUCACAAAUCACAACACGGAACAGGCCACUUCAAGGUGUAAAAAAUGAGUCAAAUACAAAUGGAUCAAGAAACAGUAUAUGGAACUCAUGAAGAUAGUCAUGUGGUCAUGUCAGAAAAAGUACAAUCUUUGGCUGGUAGUAUUUAUCAAGAAUUUGAAAAAAUGAUAGCUCGUUACGAUGAAGAUGUAGUGAAAGACCUAAUGCCCCUCCUAGUCAAUGUUCUAGAAUGUCUAGACAUAUCUUAUACUGAAAAUCAAGAACGUGAAGUUGAAUUAGAAUUGUUAAGAGAAGAUAAUGAACAACUUGUUACUCAAUAUGAAAGAGAAAAACAAUUAAGAAAAACAUCUGAUCAAAAAUUAUUAGAACUAGAAGAUGUAGCAGAAGAUGAAAGAAAAGAACUUCUAUCAAAAAUUGAUAGUUUGGAAUCAAUUGUAAGAAUGCUGGAACUGAAGACAAAAAAUUCACAUGAUCACGUUGUUCGUCUUGAAGAAAAAGAAGCCGAAUUGAAGCGCGAAUAUACUCGUCUACAUGAGAGAUAUACGGAAUUAUUUAAAACGCAUGUAGAUUAUAUGGAAAGAACAAAAAUGUUAGUUGGAAGUACAGAAAGAUUAGAAAAUUCGACUAGUGGUCGAGGUCCAUCUCGCUUACCAUCUCUUGGUUUAACUCACAUGUCACGAAGUUCAGGACCACUAAGUUAUGGCUUUCAGAGUUUGGAAGCUAGUAUAAAUGCAGAAGAUAUUCAACAAGAAAAUCCAUCAAAUGCUGUUGCUAAUUUAAGGACUGAAAUGUUAGAUAGUAGCAGCGAAGCUGCUAUUGAGACAUCUGAUAAAAGUCAAUUAACAGAUAAACCAGCACAAGCAAAUAAAACAACUGCAAUUUCUAGACAUGAAAGUCCAGAAACUGAAAUACCUCCACCUUUGGUUACACCAACAUCACCAACUAUAGAAAAGAUAGCUACUACUCCAAGUGGAAGAAGUAGAACAGAAAGAGAACAACGAAGUGGUAACACAUUGUAUCAGGAACUCAGUUUUCAAGAUGCUGAUGCAUUAGGAGAAAUGGAUGAAGGAGCAGAUAUCACUGGUAGUUGGGUUCAUCCUGGGGAAUAUGCUUCUUCAGUCAAUGACAAUUUCUUUGGAAUGGGAAAAGAAGUUGAGAAUCUUAUUAUGGAAAAUAAUGAAUUAUUAGCUACAAAAAAUGCGCUUAACAUUGUUAAAGACGAUUUAAUAGUUAAAGUAGAUGAACUCACAAGUGAACAAGAAAUAUUACGUGAAGAAGUUCGAGCUUUACAACAAGCUAGAGAACGGUUACGGCAAAAGGUUGUUGUCCUUGAAGAAGAAUUGAAAAAAGUUAAAGAAGAAGCUGAAGCAGCAGCAAAAGCAGCUAAAAGCGAUGAUGAAGAAGAUGUAUCGUUAGCACAAAGAAAAAGGUUUACUAGAGUCGAAAUGGCUAGAGUUCUUAUGGAAAGGAAUCAAUAUAAAGAACGCUUUAUGGAACUUCAAGAAGCAGUUAGAUGGACGGAAAUGAUACGAGCAACAAAGACUGAUCCUUCUAGUAUAUCAGGUGGAAAAGUAUCAGUGUGGAAGUUUUUUAGUAGUCUCUUCACAGGACCUGCUGAUCGAGGAACAUUAGUUCGCGGACCACAUACAUUACCUCACAUGAGAUACAGUGCACCAACCAAUCAAGUUGUUCCAGCACCACCUCUGGAUACCAUGCGUAGACGUACGUUGAAAGGUCGCCAUGAGUUUUUCGACCAAGGAGACACCAUAUCUUCUGAGAAACUCGUAGCGAGACGUGCAAAUGAACGAAGAGAACAAUAUCGUCAAGUUCGCGCUCAUGUUAGAAAAGAGGAUGGACGAUUACACGCUUAUGGUUGGAGUUUACCUGGAAAACCAAGUGCUCCAGUUAGACAACCUGUUCCUGUGCCUGUUUAUUGCAGACCUUUACAGGAAUCUGAGCCUGGCAUGAAGAUAUGGUGUGGUGCUGGUGUAAACUUAAGUGGUGGUAAAACUCGAGAUGGUGGUUGUAUGGUUGGAGGAAGCGUGUUUUAUGCUGCUGAAGCUCAAGAAAUAAGUACGAACACAAAAACUGAAGCAGAAGAUGCUAUCGAACAUUUAGAUAAGGAACUUCAAGAGAAUGAAAAUCAAAGAGUUGAAGCAGAACAAUUAGAGCAACAUCUUAGCUCAUUAGUAUGGAUUUGUACAUCUACUCAAAAAAUGUCAAAAGUUACUGUGAUAGAUGCUAAUAAUCCAGCUGAUAUUUUGGAAGUCUUUAGUGUUUGUCAAGGACAUUUACUUUGCAUUGCAAGUGUACCUGGAGCCAAAGAGAGUGAUUAUGCUCAAGCUAUGAAUGAAGAUUCAAUUCGAACUGCCAAUGGAAUAAAUGAGAAUGAUGAAAUAAAUACAACUUCAAAUUCUGAACAGAACAUCCAAAAAAAUGAACAAGAAACUCAAUCAUCAUUGGAAAAAAAUAAAAAUGAGUUAGAUUCCUCAGAAGAACAAAACAGUGAAAAUGUUAAAAAAUCAGAUGAUACUAAUCAAAUUAUUCCUAUUGAAUCACAAAGUUUGGAAAGUGUAGAUAGUGAAACCACAAAUUUAGGCAAAGUACAUUUUGUAAAAACUAAUUUAGAAACACCAAGCUCACAAUUGGAUGAAAAAAAUGAUACAAAUGAAGAAAAACAAAAUAAAAUUGAAGAAGAUACACCUAUAGAAAAAAUGUCUUCAAUACAACCAACAAUGUGGCUUGGAGCUCAAAAUGGUGCAGUAUUCGUUCAUUCAGCUGUCGCUAAGUGGUCAGUUUGUUUGCAUUCUGUUGAAUUGAAGGAUGCUGCAUUAGCUAUUGUACAUGUCCAAGGACGAGUUCUUGUUGCUCUUGCUGAUGGAACUGUUGCAUUAUUUCGAAGAGGUGCAGAUGGACAAUGGGAUUUGUCUCAAUAUCAUGUGAUUACUUUGGGUAGUCCACAACAUUCAAUUAGGUGCAUGACUGCUGUUAGUGGCAAAACUGUAUGGUGCGGAUAUAGAAAUAAGAUUCAUGUAAUAGAUCCAGUAUCAAUGACUGUUGAGUGCACCGUGGAUGCUCAUCCACGACGAGAAUCGCAAGUAAGACAAUUAGCUUGGUUAGGUGAAGGAGUGUGGGUCAGCAUUAGAUUAGAUUCAACAUUAAGACUUUAUCAUGCUCAUACUUAUCAGCAUCUCCAGGAUGUUGAUAUUGAACCUUAUGUUAGCAAAAUGCUUGGAACUGGAAAACUUGGUUUUUCAUUUGUAAGAAUUACCGCAUUACUCAUUUCCUCAAAUAGGCUAUGGAUUGGCACAGGAAAUGGAGUAAUAAUUUCCGUUCCUUUAUCUGAAAGUGCUGGUGGUUCAAUGGCAGUAUCCAGAGUUCAAGCAGGAAAUGCUAAAAAUGAUGUACCAGGUGUUGGUGUCAGAAUUUUUGCCUCAGAUCGUGGCGUUACACCUGGUAGUUUUAUACCUUAUUGUAGUAUGGCUCACGCGCAACUUAGUUUCCAUGGGCAUAGAGAUGCGGUUAAAAUGUUUGUUGCAGUGCCUGGUCAUGGCGGUCAAAGUGCAGUAUCAGAUGGUUCUCAACCUGCUAUGCUUGUUCUUUCAGGAGGAGAAGGCUAUAUAGAUUUUAGAGUUGGUGAUGGAGAAGAUACAGAAAUAGAACGUUCUAAUAAUGCUGUGUCCGCUAAUGCUGAAGAACACGGAGAACAAAGUCAUCUAAUUGUGUGGGAUGAGAAGUGCAACCGACCUGGAUAGUAUUUAAAAAUAAUCUAUUGUAAAUUGUUUCCAUUAGAAAAUAUAUUAUUUUCCAAACUUAAAUAAUUUGAUUUGCAUAAAAAUAUAUGUAUAUGUGAAAUGUAAUAUAACAUAAUUUUUUAUGUUCUACUAUCAACUCUUCUUCAAUAUUACAGUGUUUGCGCCUAUUUUUUUCAAAAUUAUAAGAUCUUUCAAGAGUAUUGCAAUGAAUUUAUAUAAUUAUGUACAUAAACUAUUGCGAGAUAUUUGUAUAGUGUUUUUCGUAAUUUAAGUUUUUAUCGAUAAACGAAAUAGAUAUGGUUUUGGAUAUACAUAUAGAUACAUAUACACAUAUGAAAUCAUAUGUUAAUCUUUCAUUGGUCGCUGCAAUUUUAAUUUAUCGUCAAUUUCCUUCUUAUACAAUUACCAAAGAUGAAAAACUUAUUUGUAUUCUUUAUACGCAAGAGAUGGUUUAAAAAUUGUGCAUUUUAACCAAUAUAUGUAGCGUCCUGAAAUGUAGUAUAAUUUCAUGCAUUGAAAUUUAGAAAAAAGUCGCCAUGAUAUUUGAAUUUACAAGAAUUUUUAUAAAUUCCUGUGUUAUAAAUGACGGACAGUGAAAUUAAAAAUGUGUACGAUAUAUAAGAGCUGCGCAUUUUUUGUGUGUGAGCUCGCUUUCAGUGUCGAGCUCGGAAUUGUACCUGGCUCUGAUGAAGCUGCAAAGGCGUUAAUAAAGAAAGUUGCAAAACAA